GGGUUUAACCCACCGUUCUCCGGAGUUUGGAUUUUGACUUCUGCAACCAAAGCAUGAUAUUCUCGCCGGCGCCGCCACCGUCGAUCACCAGACCGCUGAUGCUUUCCCUUUCACUCCGUCCCACCUUUCUUUACACCACCACUUCGGCCACCGUCAUACCCACCAGAAUCUCAAGCUUUCGUGAGCCAUGGAAACCAUUACCUUCCCGUUCGCAUUUCGGCACUUUCCGGCAGAAAUUACUCGCUCCCGCAUCCUAUACUCCUCUCGUCGCUGGAAGUUCCGGUGGUGGUGCCAAUGGUGGCGGCGGUUCAGGUAAUUGGUGGGACCGAUGGUCUGGUGACGGCAAUGGUGAUAAUGACGAUGAAAAUGAAAAUUCACACAGAAAACAGGUUUUCUUCUAUGUAUUACUCUCUUCACUAUGCUUCGCUUUCCUCUUUCAAUCCGCUUCUAGAGCUUACGCAAUUGCUUCCAGAAGCGAAAACGGUACUAGCGAUAGCGAAGAAGAAGUUGUUUGGGAAGUGAAAGGAGGUAAAAGAACAAAACUCAUACCUGACCAUUUCAGAGACGUGUUUGUUGUUCCAUCUGUAACAUGGGCUUGGUGGCCAUCAUCCAAUACUUCAUCGACGGUCUCCUUUGGGAAUAUAAUUCCGAAUAUGUGGGUUCAAUGCAGGGAGCUCUUCAUGCGUUUGAUGCUCCCUGAAGGGUAUCCAGAUAGUGUUACUAGUGAUUAUUUGGAGUACUCUCUCUGGAGAAGCGUUCAGGGAGUUGCUGCUCAAGUUAGUGGUGUUCUUGCCACACAAUCUUUGCUAUAUGCGAUUGGGUUGGGGAAAGGAGCAAUUCCAACUGCUGCCGCCGUGAAUUGGGUGCUCAAGGAUGGAAUUGGCUAUCUAAGCAAGAUCUUUUUGUCAAAGUUUGGGCGGCAUUUUGAUGUGAAUCCAAAAGGAUGGCGGUUGUUUGCUGAUUUUAUGGAAAAUGCUGCUUUUGGCUUGGAGAUCUUGACUCCUGCUUUUCCCCAUCUUUUUGUUCCUAUUGGUGCUGCUGCUGGAGCAGGGCGAUCUGCAGCUGCACUUAUCCAGGCUGCUACCAGAAGCUGUUUCUUUGCGGGCUUUGCUGCUCGGAGGAACUUUGCUGAGGUAAUAGCAAAGGGUGAAGCUCAGGGAAUGGUGAGCAAAUCUAUUGGUAUAAUGCUGGGAAUAGCAUUAGCUAAUUGCAUACAAUCUUCAACACCUCUGGCUCUUGCUGCUUUUGGUGUAGUGACUUGGGUCCACAUGUUCUGCAAUCUCAAAUCUUAUCAAUCCAUUCAAUUAAGGACUUUGAAUCCUUAUCGUGCAAGCUUGGUCUUUGGUGAAUAUCUGUUAAGUGGUCUUAUUCCUUCUGUUAAAGAGGUCAAUGAUGAAGAGCCCUUUUUCCCUGCUCUACCACUUCUCAGUCUGAAGCCAGCAAGCAAAGCAGAGCAUACAAUACUCUCAGCCGAAGCUAAAGAUGCUGCUGCAACCAUUGAGCAACGUCUACAGCUGGGAUCAAAGCUCUCUGAUGUCGUCAAAACCAGAACGGAUGCUCACGCAUUACUCAACUUGUAUAGACACCAAGGCUACAUCCUGACCGAGCAUGAUGGCAAAUUUUGUGUGAUAGUGAAAGAUACAUGUUCGCCGCAAGAUAUGCUCAAGUCGAUGUUCCAUGUGAAUUACCUCUACUGGUUGGAGAAAAACGUGGGGCUAAAGUUCGUAAGCACUUCUGACGAUUGCAGUCCAGGCGGAAUGCUGCAAAUAUCGUUAGAAUACGUGGAACGGGAAUUCGACCAUGCUAAACAUGAUGGGGAGGUUGCAGGUUGGGUAACUGAUAGUCUUGUAGCUAGACCUUUACCUCAUAGAAUUCGUCCAGAUUGCUGAUCAAAUGUAUCCAUAGCGUGUUGAAAAUAUAAUCGUUACGUGCAAAAUGCAUAGAGGAUGGUCCCCAAGAAGGGUGGAAAUCGGAACAAUUUAACGACAAACUUAGAACAAUCAAGGGAUGUACGUUCUAAACUUAGAACGAUCAUGAUUGCUUUUGAUUGUCGUGUGUCGAUUGAAUUGGACCGAAGGAAUUCUUUC